AGAGCAAAUAUAAAGUUUCAUAAAUGAAUGAAGCAAUCUUGAAAAGAAUGAGAUUGUAUUCUAUUUUGAUUUAUGUUUUACACAACGUCCCAACUCCAUUGGAAUGCGUCAUCGUAAUUACAUUAACAUUUUAUUUGAGACAUGUAGUUGAUCUAAUGUCAAAAAGUGAAUCCCUGUACACUGGUCCCAGUCACCGUGUACAGCAUAUACAGUUUUCUUAUCGUCCAAUCAGCUCGUCCGCGGUUCGAUCGACGUCCGCACCAGCCAUACAGGAUGACGACAGCGCAUAGAGCAGGCGAGUGAGGCGGGAUCCAAGCCCUAAACCAAUGAGCGUCGACCUGCCGGCGCCUCUGGCCAAUCACAAGCUUGACUGCGCCUGGCAUCCUUGGCCGCUGAGUGAGGGGGAGCUCCUCUGCUCCUGAUGGCUGGACGAUUUCUUCCUCUUCUUCGGAGAAAACUGUGUCCGAAUUAAAGGUAGCAGGUUGACGACGUGUGUUUUUGGAGACGUUUAAAGUUGACGUUCGUCUAGUAGUCGCGAAGAGUCGUCGCCGAAUAACGACGUCAACGAUGCAGUUUAUGCUUCUGUUCAGCAGGCAGGGCAAGCUGCGGCUGCAGAAGUGGUACGUGCCCCUGUCGGACAAGGAGAAGAAGAAGAUCACCAGGGAGCUGGUGCAGACCAUCCUGGCCCGCAAGGCCAAAAUGUGCAGCUUCCUGGAGUGGAGAGACCUCAAGAUUGUCUACAAGAGGUACGCCAGCUUGUACUUCUGCUGCGCCAUCGAGGAGCAGGACAACGAGCUGAUCACGCUGGAGAUCAUCCACAGAUACGUGGAGCUGCUGGACAAAUACUUCGGCAGCGUGUGCGAGCUGGACAUCAUCUUCAACUUUGAGAAGGCCUACUUCAUCCUGGACGAGUUCCUGCUGGGCGGCGAAGCCCAGGAGACGUCCAAGAAGAACGUGCUGAAGGCCAUCGAGCAGGGCGACCUGCUGCAGGAGAACAUAGACUCUCAGACGCGCAUGUUUGCAGGUAUGACGGUCCCGAAUGUGAGCUCAGAGACUUCUGGACUGUUCCAGAACUUGACACGUUGAGGCCCCGUCAUGAGUACUUUAAUGUGCCUGUGUACUGACUGGCUGCUCCUCUGGUGCUGCUGCCCACCAUGCCCGCACCAUACCCGCAACCAUGCCCGCGCCAUGCAUGCCCAGCGCCUUUCCUUCUGCACGCUGUCCUUGUGCUUGUGUCUGGUUUGUGGAUGUAGCCACCCCCACUGUACACCACAGGCAUGACACACCAUUGUAACAACUGUUACAAUUUUCAUACACACAGUCUUACCGUAAUUUACGAAGUAAAGUUAUUCCGUGACUGAGUUUAGUUUGACUGAAUUUACUCUUACUUUAGUCACUUGGUAGUUAUUUUUUUUUUUUGGGGGGGGGGGGGUAAUAAUUAAUUGUUGCAAGUCACAAUUUUACUUGGGAGUGAGCUUCACACCCCUCGGCCGCUAUACGGAGCAGUGGAUCCUCGCUAAUCGCGAGCCCGACAGCGAAUCAAGAACAUUUGCAAAUAAUUGGCGGCCAUUUUAAUUGUCAUGGGGGAAAAAAGCUGAUUUUUUAAAAAGCGUGAAUAAGAGGACGUCAGAAAGCAAUACCGCCUCCCCCCGCCCUCCCUAAAAAAAUAAAUAAAAGAGAAGAAAAAAAAAAUCAGCAAAUAGGUGAAUCCGUGGAUGCCAAACUGCAAAUAUGCGGACGUCCACUGUAUUUAAUUUUUUUCUUGUAAUUCCUUCCUGCAAGGGUUACCUGUUCUUUUAUCUUGUCUUUUUGUAGUUUUUAAAUUUUAUGUAUUUAUAAGCAUGUCUUUACAAGCAAACAAAAUCUUAUAGAAGAGUCACUUUACAUUCAUAUUUUUGGCGUGACAAUAAUAUGACUCGAGUAUUUGCACUUUUUGCACUGAUUAUUAUUGAUGGGCCUCGUUUGGCCUUCACGUGAUUAUGAGUGAUAUUAAAACGAAGCUUUAUAAUAAGUUGAUAAAUGGACACGAGCUAAGCACCUGAAGUUUUUUUGCAAUGUGACUAACCAACACAGUAAUUGUAAGUCAUUCACUGGCAGCCCUCCCAGUUAACAUGAAUAUUCCACGUGUAUAGUUGUCAAUGGCAGUCAAUGAGUUUUAAUGAUAUAGCACAAUAGUUUGAUGAAAUGAAAAAUAAAUGUUUUCUGGUUCGUAUUCAGCAUGUGGUGUCUUUCUUGAAUUGACGUACAUUUUCAACUUUGUUGCCUUUACUCACUUUUAGUGUUACGUUUGUAUUUGACUCUGAUCAAAUGUGUUGUUGUCUUGACUUUGUGCCCACGCUGCUGUUAGGAUGCAAAAGAUGGAGAGGUACAGUGCAGCGUUCUGGAGGAAAUCGGACUGACAUGAAAAAAAUAAUCAUCGCACAAGCCACGCCCCCUUCAGCAUAACUUGACAUUUUCCCAGCAACAAUAUAAGUAUCUUUUAUCUCUUUAUUUUUAGUUUUGGUUUUUAAAGGAUGUAGCACUAUUUUUUAAAUAUAUAUGCAAUUCUUUACUAUGACCAAGGCGGGAAAUUUCCUGCAUAACCAAAGCUGGCGCUACUGUAUUGACGAAUAUGUAUCAAGUAUGUGAAAAGGGAAGUCCAAAGUGUUACAACAGAACCAAAGAGAUAGUCUAUCAAUUUUUUAUUUACACUGGCAGGGACUCCUGUAGUCAACAAAGUGACGUUACUCUGGCCAUUGAAAUAUAAUUACACUGGACAUGUUUAUUAAAAUAUGACAUCACCAAUA